CGCUGCGUCACGGGCUUUCAGGCGCUUCGCUCUUGGAGACGGCGACGGCUGUGGGCCUCGGCUCUGGCCUCCCGCGCCCUGGGAGUCAGGUCGGUGGCGCGAUGAGGCGCAGCAAGGCCGACGUGGAGCGGUACAUCGCCUCGGUGCAGGGUUCCGUCCCAUCGCCCCGAGAGAAGUCAAUGAAAGGAUUCUAUUUUGCAAAGCUGUACUAUGAAGUUAAAGAAUAUGAUCUUGCUAAAAAAUAUAUAACUGCAUAUAUUAAUGUGCAAGAAAGAGAUCCCAAAGCUCACAGAUUUCUUGGUCUUCUUCAUGAAGUGGAGGAAAAUAUAGACAAAGCUGUUGAAUGUUACAAGCGUUCAGUGGAAUUAAACCCAACACAAAAAGAUCUUGUUUUGAAGAUUGCAGAGUUGCUUUGCAAAAAUGAUGUUACUGAUGGAAGAGCAAAAUACUGGGUUGAAAGAGCAGCCAAACUUUUCCCAGGAAGUCCUGCAAUUUAUAAACUAAAGGAACAGCUUUUAGAUUGCAAAGGUGAAGAUGGAUGGAAUAAACUUUUUGACUUGAUUCAGUCAGAACUUUAUGCAAGACCUGAUGAUGUCUAUGUGAACAUCCGACUAGUAGAACUGUAUCGCUCAAAUAAAAGAUUGAAGGAUGCUGUGGGCCACUGCCAUGAGGCAGAGAAAAACAUAGCUCUGCGUUCAAGUUUAGAAUGGAAUUCAUGUGUUGUACAGACCCUUAAGGAAUAUCUGGAAUCUUUACAGUGUUUGGAGUCUGAUAAAAGUAACUGGCAAACUACUAAUAAAGAUUUACUUCUGGCCUAUGCUAACCUUAUGCAUCUUACGCUCUCCACUAGAGAUGUGCAAGAAAGUAGAGAAUUAUUGGAAAGUUUUGAUAGUGCUCUUCAGUCUGUGAAAUCUUGUGUGGGUGGAAAUGAUGAACUCUCAACUACCUUCUUAGAAGUAAAAGGACAUUUCUACAUGCAUGCUGGUUCUCUGCUUCUGAAGAUGGGUCAGCAUAGUGAAGUGCAAUGGCGAGCUGUCUCUGAGCUGGCUACAUUGUGCUAUCUCAUAGCAUUUCAGGUUCCAAGACCAAAGAUUAAGUUAAUAAAAGGAGAAGUUGGACAAAAUCUGGUGGAAAUGAUGGCCUGCGAUCGUCUAAGCCAAUCAGGACACAUGCUGCUAAACUUAAGUCGUGACAAGCAAGAUUUUUUAAAAGAGGUUGUAGAAUCCUUUGCCAAUAAAAGUGGGCAGUCUGCGUUGUAUGAUGCUCUGUUUUCUAGUCAGUCACCUAAGGAUAGAUCUUUUCUUGGUAAUGAUGAUAUUGGAAACAUUGAUGUACAAGUGCCAGAGCCUGAUGAUUUGGCUAGAUAUGAUGUUGGUGCCAUUCGAGCACAUAAUGGUAGUCUUCAGCACCUUACCUGGCUUGGCUUACAAUGGAAUUCCUUGUCUGCCUUACCUGCAGUUCGGAAAUGGCUAAAGCAGCUGUUUCGUCAUUUGCCCCAGGAGACCUCAAGACUUGAAACAAAUGCACCUGAGUCAAUAUGUAUUUUAGAUCUUGAAGUAUUUCUACUUGGAGUAAUAUAUACCAGCCACUUACAAUUAAAGGAGAAGUGCAGUUCUCACUGUAGCUUCUAUCAGCCACUAUGCUUGCCACUUCCUGUUUGUAAACAGCUUUGUACAGAAAGACAAAAAUCUUGGUGGGAUGCAGUUUGUAAUCUAAUUCACAGAAAAACAAUACCCGGAACCACAGCAAAAUUGCGACUUCUAGUUCAGCAUGACAUAAACACACUAAGGGGCCAGGAAAAGCAUGGCCUUCAGCCUGCCCUGCUCGUGCACUGGGCAAAAUGCCUUCAGAAAACGGGCAGCGGUCUUAAUUCUUUUUAUGAUCAACGGGAAUACAUAGGCAGAAGUGUUCAUUAUUGGAAAAAAGUUUUGCCAAUGUUGAAGACAAUCAAAAAGAAGAGCAGUAUUCCUGAGCCUACGGACCCUCUGUUUAAACAUUUUCAUAGUGCAGACAUUCAGGCAUCUGAAGUUGGUGAAUAUGAGGAAGAAGCACACAUAACAUUUGCUAUAUUGGAUGUAGUUAAUGGAAAUAUAGAAGAUGCUAUGACUGCUUUUGAAUCUAUAAAAAACGUUGUUUCUUACUGGAAUCUUGCACUGAUUUUUCACAGAAAAGCAGAGGACAUUGAAAAUGAUGCCCUUUCUCCUGAAGAACAAGAAGAGUGCAAAAAUUACCUGAGAAAGGCCAGGGACUACCUAAUAAAAAUUUUAGAUGACAGUGAUUCCAAUCUUUUAGUGGCCAAGAAGUUGCCUGUGCCACUGGAGUCUGUAAAAGAGAUGCUUAACUCGGUCAUGCAGGAACUUGAUGACUAUAGUGAAGGAGGUCCUUUUUAUAAAAAUGGUUCUUUGCGAAAUGCAGACUCAGAAAUAAAACAUUCUACACCAUCUCCCAGCAUAUAUUCUCUAUCACCAAGUAAAAGUUACAAGUAUUCUCCCAAAACACCACCUCGAUGGGCAGAAGAUCAAAAUUCUUUAUUGAAAAUGAUCUGCCAACAAGUAGAGGCCAUUAAGAAAGAAAUGCAGGAGUUGAAACUACAUAGUAGUAACUCAGGGUCCCCUCAUCGUUGGCCUUCAGAGAAUUAUGGACCAGAUUCAGUGCCUGAUGGAUAUCAGGGAUCACAGACUUUUCAUGGGGCUCCACUAACAGUUGCAACUACUGGCCCUUCAGUAUAUUAUAGUCAGUCACCAGCAUAUAAUUCCCAGUAUCUUCUCAGACCAGCAGCUAAUGUUACUCCCACAAAGGGUCCGGUUUAUGGCAUGAAUAGGCUUCCACCUCAACAACAUAUAUAUGCCUAUUCCCAACAGAUGCACACACCACCAGUCCAAAGCUCAUCUGCUUGUAUGUUCUCUCAAGAGAUGUAUGGUCCUCCCUUGCGUUUUGAGUCUCCUGCAACAGGAAUUCUAUCACCCAGGGGUGAUGAUUACUUUAAUUACAAUGUUCAACAGACAAGCACAAAUCCACCUUUGCCAGAGCCAGGUUAUUUCACAAAACCCCCAGUUGCAGCUCAUGCUUCAAGACCUGCAGAAUCUAAGGUUAUUGAAUUUGGAAAAUCUAAUUUUGUUCAGCCUGUGCCAGGUGAAGGAAUAAGACCAUCUUUGACAGCACCUGCACAUACAACACAACCAACUCCUUUUAAAUUUAACUCAAAUUUCAAGUCAAAUGAUGGUGACUUUACCUUUUCUUCACCACAGGUUGUAACACAACCCCCUUCUACAGCUUACAAUAAUAAUGAAAGCCUUUUAGGUCUCUUAACUUCAGAUAAACCUUUGCAAGGAGAUGGCUACAGUGGACCAAAAGCUAGUCAAACCAUUGGACCUCGAAAUACGUUCAGUUUUGGAAGCAAAAAUGUGCCUGGAAUUUCAUUUACUGAAAACAUGGGUCCAAAUCAGCAAAAGAAUUCUGGUUUUCGUCGAAGUGAUGACAUGUUUACUUUCCAUGGUCCAGGGAAAUCAGUAUUUGGAACACCUGCACCAGAGCUGGCCAACAAGAGUCAUGAAACAGAUGGAGGGAGUGCCCAUGGUGAUGAUGAUGAUGAUGGCCCUCACUUUGAGCCUGUGGUACCUCUUCCUGAUAAGAUUGAAGUGAAAACUGGUGAGGAAGAUGAAGAAGAGUUCUUUUGCAAUCGUGCAAAAUUGUUUCGUUUUGAUGCGGAAUCCAAAGAAUGGAAGGAACGUGGAAUUGGUAAUGUAAAAAUCCUCAGGCAUAAAACAUCUGGUAAAAUUCGCCUUCUCAUGAGACGAGAGCAAGUAUUGAAAAUCUGUGCAAAUCAUUACAUCAGUCCGGAUAUGAAACUGACACCAAACGCUGGCUCCGACAGAUCUUUUGUAUGGCAUGCUCUUGAUUACGCUGAUGAGUUGCCCAAACCAGAACAACUGGCUAUUAGAUUCAAAACUCCCGAGGAGGCAGCACUUUUUAAGUGCAAGUUUGAAGAGGCCCAGAACAUUUUAAAAGCCUUAGGAGCAAAUGUAGCCACAACAACAAAUCAGGCUAUGAGAAUUGUAAAAGAAUCCACAAGUCAUGAUAACAAAGAUAUUUGCAAAUCUGAUGCUGGAAACAUGAAUUUUGAAUUUCAGAUUGCAAAGAAAGAAGGGUCUUGGUGGCAUUGUAACAGCUGCUCAUUAAAGAAUGCUGCAACUGCUAAGAAGUGUGUAUCAUGCCAGAAUCUAAACCCAAACAAGAAAGAACUCCUUGGCCCACCAUUAGUUGAAACUGUGUCUGCUCUUACACCUGGCCUAGAAAAUACACCAGAUAGAUUUGCAUCAACGACUCCAAAGAAAGAAGGUCACUGGGAUUGUAGUAUUUGCUUAGUGAGAAACGAACCUACUGUAUCUAGGUGCAUUGCAUGCCAGAAUGCAAAGGCUGCUAACAAGAGUGGAUCUUCAUUUGUUCAGCAAGCUUCAUUUAAAUUUGGCCAGGGAGAUCUUCCUAAGUCUGUUAACAGUGAUUUCAGAUCUGUUUGUUCUACGAAGGAAGGACAGUGGGAUUGCAGUGUAUGCCUCGUACAAAAUGAAGGAAGUUCUACAAAGUGUGCUGCCUGUCAGAAUCCAAGAAAACAGAAUUUAUCUACUUCUUCUGUUUCAGCUCCUGCUUCCUUUAAGUUUGGUACUUCAGAAAUAAGUAAAACCCCAAAGAGUGGAUUUGAGGACAUGUUUGCCAAGAAGGAAGGACAGUGGGAUUGCAGUUGCUGCUCAUUACGAAAUGAAGCAAGUGCUACAGUAUGUGUUGCUUGUCAGAAUCCAGGUAAAUUGAGUCUAUCCACCUCUGUUGUUCCAGCACCUGCCUCUUUUAAGUUUAGUACUUCAGAGACAAGCAAAGCUCCAAAGAGUGGAUUUGAAGGCAUGUUCACCAAGAAGGAAGGACAGUGGGAUUGCAGUAUUUGCUUAGUGCGAAAUGAGGCAAGUGCUACCACCUGUGUUGCUUGCCAGAGUCCAAGUAAACAAAAUCAGCCUACUUCUGCUGUUCUAGUGCCUGCCUCAUCAGAUACAUGCAAGGCUCCAAAGAGUGGAUUUGAAGGCAUGUUCACCAAGAAGGAAGGACAGUGGGAUUGCAGUAUUUGCUUAGUGCGAAAUGAGGCAAGUGCUACCACCUGUGUUGCUUGCCAGAGUCCAAGUAAACAAAAUCAGCCUACUUCUGCUGUUCUAGUGCCUGCCUCAUCAGAUACAUGCAAGGCUCCAAAGAGUGGAUUUGAGGGCAUGUUCACCAAGAAGGAAGGACAGUGGGAUUGCAGUAUUUGCUUAGUGCGAAAUGAGGCAAGUGCUACCACCUGUGUUGCUUGCCAGAAUCCAAGUAAACAAAAUCAGCCUGCUUCUGCUGUUCUAGCUCCUGCCUCGUCAGAUACAUGCAAGCCUCCAAAGGGUGGAUUUGAAGGAAUAUUCACCAAGAAGGAAGGACAGUGGGAUUGUAGCAUUUGCUUUGUCCAAAAUGAGAGUUCUUCCUUAAAAUGUGUGGCUUGUGAUGCCUCUAAACCAACUCAUAAACCUAUUGCAGAAGCUCCUUCCGCUUUCACUUUGGGCUCAAAAACUAAGUUAAAUGACUCUUCUGGAAGUCAAGUUGGAACAGGAUUUAAAAGUAACUUUUCUGAAAAAGGUUUUAAAUUUGGUACUGCAGAACAAGGAUUUAAAUUUGGGCAUGUGGAUCAGGAAAGUACACCUUCAUUUACAUUUCAGGGUUCUUCUAAUACAGAUUCUAAGUCAACAAAAGAAGGAUUUAGUUUUUCUGUCCCUAUGUCUGCUGAUGGAUUUAAAUUUGGCAUUCAGGAGUCUGGAAUUCAAGAGAAGAAAAGUGAAAAGCCCCUUGAAAAUGACACUGGUGUUCAGGCUCAGGAUAUCAGUAGUCAGAAGAAUGGUAGUAGUGUAAUUUUUGGUCAAACUGGUAGCACUUUUACCUUUGCAGAUCUCGCAAAAUCAACUUCAGGAGAAGGAUUUCAGUUUGGCAAAAAAGACCCUAAUUUCAAGGGAUUUUCAGGUGCAGGAGAAAAAUUAUUCUCAUCACAAAGUGGUAAAAUGGCUGAUAAAGCUGACACUUCUGCUGACCUUGAGAAAGAUGAUGAUGCCUAUCGGACCGAGGACAGUGAUGACAUCCAUUUUGAACCAGUAGUUCAGAUGCCUGAAAAAGUAGAACUUGUAACAGGAGAAGAAGAUGAAAAAGUUCUUUAUUCACAGCGGGUAAAAUUAUUUAGGUUUGAUGCUGAGAUAAGUCAGUGGAAAGAAAGGGGUCUGGGGAACUUAAAAAUUCUCAAGAAUGAAGUCAAUGGCAAACUAAGAAUGCUUAUGCGAAGAGAACAGGUACUAAAAGUGUGUGCUAAUCAUUGGAUAACAACUACGAUGAACCUGAAGCCUCUCUCUGGGUCCGAUAGAGCAUGGAUGUGGUUAGCGAGUGAUUUUUCUGAUGGUGAUGCCAAACUAGAGCAGCUGGCAGCAAAAUUUAAAACACCAGAGCUGGCUGAAGAAUUCAAGCAGAAAUUUGAGGAAUGCCAGCGACUUCUAUUAGAUAUACCACUUCAAACUCCUCAUAAACUUGUAGACACUGGCAGAGCUGCUAAAUUAAUCCAGAGAGCAGAGGAAAUGAAGAGUGGAUUAAAAGAUUUCAAAACGUUUUUGACAAAUGAUCAAACAAAAGUCACUGAUGGAGAGAGUGAAUCCUCUGAUGCAGGUGCUGCCAGUGCCUCUGAUACAACCAGCAAGCCAAACCCUGAAAACACAGGGCCCACACUGGAGUGGGACAACUAUGAUUUAAGGGAAGAUGCUUUGGAUGAUAGUGUGAGUAGUAGCUCAGUACAUGCUUCUCCACUGGCAAGUAGUCCUGUGAGAAAAAAUCUCUUUCGCUUUGGUGAGUCAACAACAGGAUUUAACUUCAGUUUUAAGUCUGCUUUGAGUCCAUCUAAGUCUCCUGCCAAAUUGAACCAGAGUGGGACCUCAGUUGGCACUGAUGAAGAAUCUGAUGUUACUCAGGAAGAAGAGAGAGAUGGCCAGUACUUUGAACCUGUUGUACCUUUACCUGAUCUAGUGGAAGUGUCCAGUGGUGAGGAAAAUGAACAAGUUGUUUUUAGUCACAGAGCAAAACUCUAUAGAUAUGAUAAAGAUGUUGGUCAGUGGAAAGAAAGAGGCAUUGGUGAUAUAAAGAUUUUACAGAAUUAUGAUAAUAAGCAAGUUCGAAUAGUGAUGAGAAGGGACCAGGUGUUAAAACUUUGUGCCAAUCACAGAAUAACUCCAGAUAUGACUUUGCAAAAUAUGAAAGGGACAGAACGAGUGUGGGUGUGGACUGCUUGUGAUUUUGCAGAUGGGGAAAGAAAAGUAGAACAUUUAGCUGUCCGUUUUAAACUACAGGAUGUUGCAGAUUCAUUUAAGAAAAUAUUUGAUGAAGCAAAAAUAGCCCAAGAAAAAGAUUCUUUGAUAACACCUCAGGUUUCUCGUUCAGCCACUCCUAGAGAGUCACCAUGUGGCAAAAUUGCUGUUGCUGUAUUAGAAGAAACCACAAGAGAAAGGACAGAUUUAAUUCAGGGUGACGACACAGCAGAUGCAACUUCAGAAGUUGGAGAAGUGUCUAGCACAUCUGAAGCAACAACAAAAGCUGUGGUUUCUCCUCCAAAGUUUGUAUUUGGUUCGGAGUCCGUUAAAAGUAUUUUUAGUAGUGAAAAAUCAAAACCAUUUGCAUUUGGCAACAGUUCAGCCACUGGGUCUUUGUUUGGAUUUAGUUUUAAUGCACCUUUGAAAAAUAGUAGUGAAAUUAGUUCAGUAGUCAAGAGUGGAUCUGAAAGAAAAGUGGAACCUAAUUGCAAAGAGUCGAAGAAUUCAGAUGACAAACAGUCUUCAGAUGGCAAAGUCAGAAAUCUCUUUGCUUUUCCAAAGGAAGAGUCCUCAACUAAUUACACCUUUAAAACACCAGAAAAGGGAUUUAAUUUUAGCCUUUUUAAAUCUAAUCCAAUGGCUUUUUGGACCAGCAUCCCUUCCUCACAGCCUGAGAACGAAGCAAAAGAGAAGGUUAAACCUGAAGAUCCUCCCUCAGAUGAUGAUGUUCUUAUUGUAUAUGAGUUAAUACCCACCCCUGAGCAAAAAGAUCUUGCAAGCAAACUUAAACUUCCUCCAACUUUCUUCUGCUAUAAGAAUAAACCAGAUUAUAUUAGCGAAGAAGAAGAGGAUGAUGAAGAUUUUGAAACAGCUGUCAAGAAACUUAAUGGAAAACUAUAUCUGGAUGACUCAGAAAAAUGUAGACCAUUAGAAGAAAAGCUAACAGAUAAUGAAAAAGAAUGUGUUAUUGUUUGGGAAAAGAAACCAACAGUUGAAGAGAAGGCAAAAGCAGAUACAUUAAAACUUCCACCUACAUUUUUUUGUGGAGUCUGCAGUGAUACUGAUGAAGACAAUGGAAAUGUGGAAGACUUUCAGUCAGAAUUUCAAAAAGUUCAGGACUCUCAAAAAUCCCAGAGUGAAGAAAUAGCUAACACGGCUGACAGUAUGUAUACACGUGGGAGUAAAGUGACUGCACCAUUUUUAUGUAAAUCUGAAGAACCUGGUUUUAUUACCAAAUCUGUUAGUUCACCACCUGUUUCUUCUGGAACUGUGGAUAAACCUGUAGAUUUGUCUGCUAGAAAGGAAAAUGAUGCAGAUUCUACAAGCCAAGUGGAAAGCAAAACAGUUUCAUUUGGAUUUGGAAGUAGCGCAGGACUGUCAUUUGCAGACUUGGCUUCCAGUAAUUCUGGGGAUUUUGCUUUUGGUUCUAAAGAUAAGAAUUUCCAGUGGGCAAAUACUGGAGCAGCUGUGUUUGGAGCACAGUCAACCAGUAAAGUUGGCGAAGAUGAAGAUGGUAGUGAUGAAGAAGUAGUUCACAAUGAAGAUAUCCAUUUUGAACCAAUAGUGUCAUUACCUGAGGUAGAAGUAAAAUCUGGAGAAGAAGAUGAAGAAAUUUUAUUUAAAGAGAGAGCCAAACUCUAUAGAUGGGAUCGAGAGGUCAGUCAGUGGAAAGAGCGUGGUGUAGGAGACAUAAAGAUUCUUUGGCAUACAAUGAAGAAUUACUACCGGAUCCUAAUGAGAAGAGACCAGGUUUUUAAAGUGUGUGCAAACCAUGUCAUCACCAAAACAAUGGAAUUAAAACCCUUGAAUGUUUCGAACAAUGCUUUAGUUUGGACUGCCUCAGAUUAUGCUGAUGGAGAAGCCAAAGUGGAACAGCUUGCAGUAAGGUUUAAAACCAAAGAAAUGGCUGAUUGUUUUAAAAAAAAAUUUGAAGAAUGUCAACAGAAUUUAUUGAAACUCCAAAAAGGACAAGUAUCACUGACAGCAGAGUUAUCGAAGGAGACAAAUCCUGUGGUGUUUUUUGAUGUUUGCGCAGACGAUGAACCUCUAGGACGUAUAACCAUGGAAUUAUUUUCAAACAUUGUUCCUCAGACUGCAGAGAACUUCAGAGCACUCUGCACUGGAGAGAAAGGCUUUGGCUUCAAGAACUCCAUUUUUCACAGAGUAAUUCCAGAUUUUGUUUGCCAAGGGGGAGAUAUCACCAAACAUGAUGGAACAGGAGGACGAUCUAUCUAUGGAGAUAAAUUUGAAGAUGAAAAUUUUGAUGUGAAACAUACUGGUCCUGGCUUACUAUCAAUGGCCAAUCGAGGCCGGGAUACCAAUAAUUCUCAGUUUUUUAUAACACUGAAAAAAGCAGAACAUUUGGACUUUAAGCAUGUAGUAUUUGGGUUUGUUAAGGAUGGCAUGGAUACUGUGAAAAAGAUUGAAUCAUUUGGCUCUCCUAAAGGGUCUGUUAGUCGAAGAAUUAGUAUCACAGAAUGUGGACAGUUAUAAAAUCAUUGUUUUUUCUAGUAAAUUUUACCUGUAUAAACAGUUGAAUUGAAGCUUAGCUGUUGUGACAAUAUGGUAAUAAUUAUGUUCAGCUUUUGAAAAUGGACGUUUCCAAUGUAUAAAUGUACAAUUGCAGCUUAUAGCUGUUGUCACUUUUUAAUGUGUUAUAAUUGACCUUGCAUGGUGUGAAAUAAAAGUUUAAACACUGGUGUAAAUCAGGUGUACUUGUGUUUAUGUACUCCUGACAUAUCUGUAUUAAAAUGGAAUAAUACUAAUCUUGUUAAAAGCAAUAGACCUUCUCAAACUAUUGAAGGAAUAUGAUAUAUGCAAUUUAAUUUUACCUUUUAAGAUACUGAAUUUCCUGCAUGGAUAAAUUUACCAUUUGAAUAAAGGGACCACAACUUGGAUGAUUUUUAUUUUAGAUUUGAAAUAUAUUUGGUAAUUUUAAAUAUUGGUGUGCUCAUUUAUGCAUAGAGACUCACUUAUGAAUGGGUAGAGCCACAGAGGGUAGAGACUUAACCAAAGUGCUCUUCUAUAAUCCUUGCACCUCCUGUAUAGUUAAAUUAACUUUUAAGUAGAGUACCUUCUUUUCUUAAAUGAUAUGUAGUUUCCUGUGCCCUUUCAAAGGUAUUAAAUUAAUUUUUACAUUUUAAACAAGUAUUUCCUUAGUUUUUUUUUAAAUUUUUGUUUUUUUUAACUUCUCUGUCAUCUGUUUCUACUACCUCAAACUGCAGCUUGGUUCUGAUAGAACUUGAAUUUUUCCUUGCAGUUGUUGUGAUAAAGUAUGACUAUUUUAAAAAGGUCUAUACCAUGUUCUUUGGUUAAAGAUUUGCUUUAUACUAGAUUGUUGCAGUACCUUUUUCUGGUGAAUUUUGUAGCAAAAAUAAAGUGACAAUUGUUAACAGCCAUGACAUUUAAAAAACUUA